CUAUGACCUCGAAAACACGAUGUCAAGCAAUCGUGUGUAUUUCACUCGUAAACAGUAAGAUAAAUUUUUGUACAAUUGAUUUUGAAAAGGGUUUUUAUGGCUUCUAAGAAAGCGGUUUACACGGCCGGUUUUAUUCACCUCGUGCUUGGUGUGUGCGUAUGCCUUUGGCCACCCAAUGAUACCUGUUCUCCUGCUCCGAAUUUGGGCUCUUGGAUUUUCGAGGGCGCCCUGCUGCUUCUGGUCUCCGAUGUCAAGUUGUAUCCAGAUCGGUACACCCAUCUGCCGUACUCCAUUCAGUUUCUGGUGGAGACGAUCGGAUCCCUGGCCAUCCUCGAGUUCUUCACCAUCGUGGUGUGGUGCGCCUUGGAGGGCCUGAUCCACCACCUAACGAGGUUGCUACUUUUGUACCUGGGAAUGAACGCUGACACAUAUCUGGCGCUGGAGUACUGGAUCCUCUUGAUUCCCACUACAGCUGUGGCCAGCACCUUCUUGUACAUAAUGAAGAAGGCCAUUAUACCCUACUUUGAUAUUACCUCGGUCUUUGAAAAGCAGCAGGUGAAGGUGCAUCUGAACCAGUCUGUCUACAUUGACGUGGUUAGCCAGAAUCUGCGCAAGCACAGAAAGUAUAGAUAAUUGUUCACAUGAUCAGUAAUUUAGAGUGUAAAUUGUAUGUGCAAAUUAUAAAUAUUAAAUUUAUUUAUAUUAUUUAGCAUAAA